AUGACACCGGCCCUCAUGAUCUGCGACCGCCAGAACUGCCCCUUGCAGGCUGUUGCCAACGUGAAGCUCACGCGGGAGGAAGGUGUCGUCAUGGUUUGGUCUGGCCUCCGCGGAGCCAUCGGUCUGCUGAUGGCAGUUCUUCUUGACCAGGAGACGAGCAUUACCGACCUCGAGGGCUCGCAGGUUCUCUUCCACAUCAGCGGCUUUGCAACGCUGACCUUGCUCAUCAACGGGACUUUUGCGCCGGUGGUGCUGCGGAAGCUGGGCAUGAUGGUCACCGUUGAGGAGAAGGAGAAGAUGCUGGACGAAGUGAGGAACGCGGUGGUGCAGAGGAGCAAGUCACAGAUGCAGGAGGUCAUGAACGAGGCGCCUGCGCCUGAGUCGGUCAUCCAAGGAGUUGACAAAGGAGGUGCCAGAGACAUGGCUGAGGAAGAUGGUGCCUUCGUUGACGGAGGCACCUGGGAAGAAAGAUCCCGGUCUUGGCUGGAGAGUUGGGUCUUUGGCUUCAGGGAGCGCUGA